GGACACGGCGGGGACAGCGAGGGGACAACGGAGGCGACAGCGGCGAGCGAGGAAGGAGCCGGGGUGGCCCCACCCCCCCCCGGCCCCCCCGAGGGGCGGCGCGCAGCGGCGAUGACGUGGCGCCCCCUGGCGGCUCCCGCGGCGCUCCUGGCGCUGCUGCUGGUGACAGUGACACAGGUGACACAGGUGACAGGUGACACGCGGGUGGUCGGCGGCCACGCCUGCGCCCCGCACUCGCAGCCCUGGCAGGUGGCCGUGCUGGACAUGUUCAAGCUCUACUGCGGCGGCGUCCUGGUGGCCCCGCGCUGGGUGGUGACAGCGGCGCACUGCACCACACCUGGGGUGACCACGGUGGCGCUGGGCAAGCACCGGCUGUACGCGCGCGAGGCGGGCGAGCAGCGCCGCAUGGUGGCCCGCAUGGUGGCCCACCCGGGCUACGACCCGUCCACCAAGGACAACGACAUCAUGCUCCUCAAGCUCCUGGCCCCCGCCGCCAUCUCCGACCGCGUCCGGCCCAUCCCGGUGGCCUCGUGCCUGCCCCAGCCCGGCACCACCUGCGUCACCUCGGGCUGGGGGGCCACCACCUCACCUGAAGUGACGUACCCCGAGGUCCUGCAGUGUGUCAAUGUCACGCUCUUCUCCCCGGCCGAGUGUCGCCGUUUCUACCCCGGCUCCAUCACCGACAACAUGAUCUGCGCCGGGCACCUGCAGGGCGGCCAGGACAGCUGCCAGGGCGACUCCGGCGGCCCCCUGGUGUGCCAGGGCAGCCUGCAGGGCAUCGUCUCGUGGGGCAUGGAGCGCUGCGGGCAGCCGCGGCGCCCAGGUGUCUACACCAAGGUGUGCCGCUACGCCCGCUGGAUCCAGGACACCAUGGAGGACACCUGAGGGGACACCUGGCCUGGCACCUGGGGGGGCACCUGGGGGGACACCU